UACAAGAAUAUUAUACAUUCGCUGUUAGGAAACAAUUCCUUUCUAGCUAGUGACCAUAUAAGUUUUCUCUAGUGUAAUGACAGCUCAUUUAGUGAGCAGCUCAUGUGUGAUUACUUAGUCCAUAACUUCUAUUCAGUGAGCAAUUCAUUUCUGAUUAGUGCAUAUAAGUCUCCGUUGACAAAUGGUUAUAUAGUAUUCUUUUACCUAUGUAGGAUAGAACGACUCCUCCAUUAACUACUAAGGACAUUGUUUCGACAAAUAAUUGUCCAAUUAGCAAACACAACAAGCUUGAAAGUAGGUUCUAGCUUUGAUCUUUCUAUUCAUCUAGAAGGCUGUCAUUUUUUUCAGUUAUGAGCAAAAGGACUCUAUAAUUGCUAACUAUGGUAGAACUGCACAAUACCGAGUGUAUGCCGUGUUCAAUAAAAUCCAUUCUGUUAGUCUGUUGAUACUUUUUUAUUUUACAAGCACUAAAGCACGCGGGCAAGGAGCCUCCGGUGAAACCAGAAAGGUUAGGUGCUGCUGGUCUUGCUUUGCAUUAUGCUAACUUAAUCACUCAAAUAGAUAACAUUGCUUCACGCCCCACCUCUCUUCCACCGAACACAAGGGAUACACUGUACAAUGGGUUGCCACCUGUUGUAAAGACAGAACUUCGUUCUCGGUUACAGGCACUUGAUACGAAGGAGGAAGAGCUAACAGUUCAGCAAAUCAAGGCUGAAAUGGAGAAGACUCUCCAGUGGCUUGUUCCACUAGCCGUUGAUACUUCAAAAGCGCAUCAAGGUUUUGGAUGGGUUGGAGAGUGGGCCACCGGAAGUGAAUUUGGGAGGAAGACAACUAUUCAGAACAACCUGAUCCGCUUGCAGACACUCUACCACGCAGACAAGAAGAAAAUGGACGCUUUUAUCCUUGAAAUUGUGACUUGGCUCCACCGCCUUAUUGGGCUGGUAAGAUACAAGGGCCCAAGGAUCCCUCCGGGAAGAUCAGCGGCUUGCAGAGGGCCUCCUUGUCUUUCUGAUUCGCACGCUGCAGAAAUAUUGAGCCCCAAUGACCAGAAAAAGAACAAUGGUCAGCUUUCUGUAGAAGACAAGGCAUUGUUGGAAGAAGCCAUGAAAAGGAGAAACAUUGUUUCUGGCAUGAGCAAAAGCCAAGAGUUUGGCAUUUCCAACAAGGGGAGACAGAUUUGGGCGCUUAGUCGGAGCACCGGAAGCUCUCCACGUACCGUGCCAGAACGUCCCACGGCUAAUUUGUUGGACAUUCUAGACGGUUUAGGCUCGAAGUUUUGAGCCCUUGAUUAGGUGCGUAUAUAAUCAAACACACUUUAUAUUAUUAGAGUAUUAUUCUUUCUUCUUUCUCUUCAAAUUGCAUUCCCUUGUGUGUGUAGCCCUUGUGCUGAGGGCAUGUGGAUAUACCUUGGUGUCCUUUUCAUUUUGAAGUGUUGUAUUUACGUAGGAAGGCUUAUAGUUUAGA